AUGGCACCCACCAACACCAUUAUCCACAAGACCAUGCGAGCCGAGUGGGCAGCUUCCUGGGAAAUGGCCAAGCACGGAGAAGAGCUCUUCCGACUUGGGGUCAAGCCCGAGAAAACUGCACUCGACUUGCGCCGCGGAACACACAGGGCCGUCAGCUCUGUGAUCACGCAGAUGCGCAACGGCAAGAUUGGCCUUGGAGCGUACCUCCACGCCAUCAACAAAGCGGACACCGGCAAAUGCCAGUGCGGCUAUGGACCUAAGACCGUGCGACAUAUCCUGCUCGAAUGCAGAAACUGGACAGAAGAACGACAGCAAAUGUGGGCAGGCAGACAGCCGUGCGUUGAUCUCAAACGCAUUCUCUAUAGCUCGUCAGCCGCAGUGCUUGCAGCAAAAAUGAUCCUGAGGACGGGCCUGCUAGGACAAUUUCGAGCAGUCCCGUCCACCGUACUCCAAUACCAAGCGUAG